AUGAAAACUACUUUCUGCAUUGUUUUCAUUUCUUGCCUUGUCUCAAUGGCUUUUGCAGCUCCAGGCACAGCCACAUUCUACCAACAAUAUACUCCUUCAGCAUGUUAUGGUAAUACACCUGUAGGAGUGAUGAUUGUCGCGGCAAGCGAUCCUCUAUGGGACAACGGGGCCAUUUGCGGAAAGAUAUUCACCGUUAGAUGCACCGGUCCAACGAACCCCUUCCCUCAUCCUUGCUAUGACGGUAAAACUGUGACUGUUAAAAUUGUAGAUCAUUGUCCCGGUUGUGGUGGAACUUUGGAUCUCUCCAAAGAAGCAUUUGAAACAAUCGCUAACCCGGUUGCUGGAGUUAUUGAUAUUGAUUACUGGUAA